AGUAAGCAGCUUUUUCUGCUGAACGCGGCCAAUCCUUCGAACACAUUCCCAUCCGUAGCGGCAUUGCCUUUGCCACGUGAAGGAUUGUCAUCUUCCGGUAACGCGAGCAUUGAGCUUUUCGCGAAUAAUAAUAAUAAUUAAUAUGUUUGAAAGAAAAUUGAAGGCACUGGGUUAUUUGGAAUGGGAUAAGGUUAACGGGAACAAUGACCAACACUUUAGGAAAGUGAUUGUAUGGUUGGAAGACCAAAAAAUACGUCAUUAUACAAUAGAUGAUCGUGCACCGUUGAGAGAUAUUACUUCUCCAGAAUGGCCAAAGGUGUUUGAAAAAUACUGUAAUGACGUCAAAUGCCCAAUAACUAAGAAUGCUGCUGAUCAGUUAGAAUGGUUUAUAGGAUAUGCUAUUUGGCUAGAGUUUGGAGAUGACUGCCAAAAGUAUCAGGGAGUUCUAGGAAGCAAAGCUAAAGUGAUUGAUAAUCAAGCUAAUGUACCUAAUGUCAAGUCUAUAAAUCCCCUAGAUAAUUUAGAUUUUGAUAGUAACGCUUUCAAGGUUGGAGUUGGUACAAUAGCAAAAUUAUUAAGAGUACCACAACAUUCUGACCAUCUUGUGACGUUACAAGCAUGUAGCAAACUUGUAUGCAAUAAAUUGAAUGCAGAAGCGGUUAAACAGCCCAACAUUGUGAAUAUUAAAGGUAAAUCUCUGACAGCAAUGACUAUAGGGCCUGGCUUUAAUAUGGGUGACAAAAUGCUGGACAAUGCUGCCAGGGGUCUUUCCUUAUUAUACAUUCAGGAUCUCAGAAAUCUUCAGACAAAGAUCAAUGAAACAAUUGUUGCUGUGCAAAAUAUAACAGCUAAUCCAAAGACUGACACCAAGUUGGGAAAAGUUGGUAAAUAAACGGCUGAUUCUGUAUGGUUUAUUCUAAAAAGAGACAUUUGAUAUUUUCGAAUGAGCAAUAUAGAUUACUACGAAAUCAGAAUAUUUCAAAUCAUGUAUAUUUGUUGAAAACCUAUUGAAGAUUUGUUUGUAUAUCUUCAAACAAGACCCAUCGUAAUUGUAAUGUAAACAUUAUUAAAUUAUUUCUAUACUUUCUUGUCAUGUUAAGUUUACGAAUACAUCGAUUUUGCAAAGGAAUAUGGUGUAGCGUCUAUUUUUCACUCUACAAAGUCGAUAUUUCUCAUGUAUUAUUUGGGUGUGUUGGUUUCAACACUGUAACGAAGAAUACUCAGCUUAUGCAAAAAUAGAUAUCAUCCUGUUAACUUAUUCGUAACUUAUAGCAAAAAUAGAUUUAAAAUGUUAGAGAGAAUAAGUCGCAUCACAUCAGAGUAAUCUUAUUAAUUUAUUUAAAAAUCGGUGCACAGGCGAAAUUUGUAUAUCGUGAAAAUUGUUUUGUGUUUAGAGUUAUUAAUCGCGAAAUGUUCGAUCGUAUCUAAAUGAAAUUGACGUCGACUGUAUCGCAAAAAAAAUAUAUAUGUUUUUAAAAGAAUAAAAUAUAUGAAUUUAUUUAACAUACAUAUAUCGUGCGAAAAUAAAUUAUUCAGGUAGAUGCAUUAGAAAUUAAGUUGGUUUUAUACAAACUUGUCACUUACGCAAAUUACUUGAUGCGUAUAGUUUAAAAUGUAUGUAAAUGGUAACUGAAAUCCUAAGAGUAUAUCAGGCCAAUAGAAUGAAAGAACUGUUUUAUGUAGAGCCUCCACACUAUUGGUCUUAUACUCUAAACGCAUUACAGAAAAGAUCAAAUGUAUAUAUAUUACAUGUACACAUUUUAAUACAAAUGCAUAUCUCAUAAGAGUUAAGAAUGGUUAUUAGAAAACUUACGGCAUCACACCACAUAAUUUUUACGACGAAAAAAAAUUUUCUUAUAUAUAAGCAUAUCUCUGAAUAAAUAUAAGCCAUAAUUUAUAUAUAUAAUACCAAUAAAGAAUGGGUGAUUUCUUUUGUAAACGCGUACAAUCGUUCAUCAAUGGAUUUUUGAGAUUACCCGCUUGUGUGUGCGGCCUCUUAGUUUUAUUAUGUCUGGUAUUCACUAAAGUAUACCAGAAUUAUAAUAUAAAUGACUAUAUUAUUUAUAUAUAAGAAGAUACGAAUAUGGGAGCGUGUAUAAUAAAUUAUGUUUUCUUACAUAUUUGAAUUGUUGAGAAAAGAUCUGAUGUAGAGAUACUGGAAGGCGAUUUUUAUUUGUAUCUGCACAAGUUAAAGUACUUUUUCGCAAAGGUAGUAGUAUCACAAUUUCUUUAUGUGCUAAAGAGACACAACCUUCUCAAUCUGGAACGUAUAUAACGGCUGCACGGGGGAAGUAAUAUCCCUUGCUUUCCAGUAGCUCUGAUACGUCAUAGGCGAGUAUAAUAUAACAAUACUAUAACAAAUCUUAAAAUGGUAGAAAGCAUAUUUCUAUUUACAUAUUACCGAAAAUUUCCGUAUUAUAUUCUGAUUCCUUUUAAAUCUUAAAAGCAUAUUAUUCGUUGAUAAGUAUAAAUGUGUAAUAGCAAGCACCAUGCAUUUGCUAUUGGCUGUGUUUCGUUAAUUGUCAAUAUAUUCGUACAUAGUACGAUAUAUAUUCAUCACUGAA